AUGUUCCCCAUCGAAGGCUUGUGGUUUCAACGAGCGUACCCAGCACGAUACACUGUGAAAGACGUUUUGACUGACUGGGAGAUUACAAGCUGCUCCGGUCGACGUCGGUUUGUUAUUGUUGCAGCGAGGUCUCAAAAGGCUGUUGGGUCGGUGUCGAUGUGUGGAGCGGCGGGAGUGACUGGCGCCUGUCACGCUUCUCCGGGUGUGAACAACGCCGGUUGGGUGACUCUUGUUCUUAGGGGAGCGUGGGUCUCCAUGGUGCCAGCGGCGGGCGAGGGCAGCGCUGACCACAGGGAACGAGUCCGCCACUUCGCCUUCGACUACGCCUACGCCAACGGGUCCUCGGUCAAGCCUACUCCGCGCCGCCGGAACCAUGCUGACGCCGCGCCGGACGCCAAGAGGGACGCCAGAGGGGGCGGCAAGGGCGAGGCCAAGGGGGACUCCGCCAAGUGGGAGUCCUCCAAGGGCGAGCCCAAGGGGGAGUCCUCGAGAACCGAACCCAGCAAGGGCGAGGCGAAGAGCGACUCCAGCAAGGGCGACGCCAAGGGGGAUUCCAUCAGGGGAGAACCCAAGGGAGACACCGGCAAGGGCGCGGCCAGGCACGAGGCGAAGGGCGAAGGGAAGGGGGAAUCGGAGGGCGACGGCAAGGGGGAUUCCAUCAGGGGAGAACCCAAGGGAGACACCGGCAAGGGCGCGGCCAGGCACGAGGCGAAGGGCGAAGGGAAGGGGGAAUCGGAGGGCGACGCCAAGGGGGAUUCCAUCAGGGGAGAACCCAAGGGAGACACCGGCAAGGGCGCGGCCAGGCACGAGGCGAAGGGCGAAGGGAAGGGGGAAUCGGAGGGCGACGCCAAGGGGGAUUCCAUCAGGGGAGAACCCAAGGGAGACACCGGCAAGGGCGCGGCCAGGCACGAGGCGAAGGGCGAAGGGAAGGGGGAAUCGGAGGGCGACGCCAAGGGGGAUUCCAUCAGGGGAGAACCCAAGGGAGACACCGGCAAGGGCGCGGCCAGGCACGAGGCGAAGGGCGAAGGGAAGGGGGAAUCGGAGGGCGACGCCAAGGGGGAUUCCAUCAGGGGAGAACCCAAGGGAGACACCGGCAAGGGCGCGGCCAGGCACGAGGCGAAGGGCGAAGGGAAGGGGGAAUCGGAGGGCGACGCCAAGGGGGAUUCCAUCAGGGGAGAACCCAAGGGAGACACCGGCAAGGGCGCGGCCAGGCACGAGGCGAAGGGCGAAGGGAAGGGGGAAUCGGAGGGCGACGCCAAGGGGGAUUCCAUCAGGGGAGAACCCAAGGGAGACACCGGCAAGGGCGCGGCCAGGCACGAGGCGAAGGGCGAAGGGAAGGGGGAAUCGGAGGGCGACGCCAAGGGGGAUUCCAUCAGGGGAGAACCCAAGGGAGACACCGGCAAGGGCGCGGCCAGGCACGAGGCGAAGGGCGAAGGGAAGGGGGAAUCGGAGGGCGACGCCAAGGGGGAUUCCAUCAGGGGAGAACCCAAGGGAGACACCGGCAAGGGCGCGCUGUGCGCCGACGGUGACGCGUUUGCAAAGGGUACGUUCUCACGCGGAGUGCAGACGCAGCGUCGAGAUCUGUCGCUGCGGAAUUUAUGGGUUUAUGUGAUUGCACGCUGUCAUGAUCACGUGUCCACAUGUGGAUAUACCCUCAUGUCGUCUUCACUCACACUUCCUCACACUAACGCUCAAUCCCUUACCCUCACGCUCUUGGCUCAUUCACUCACGCUCACCCUUACCUCUUCACACUAA